GGCCGGCGGGAGGACGGAGUCUGGAGCCGGGAGUCUGCCGGAGACUGCGGCCAGAGCUGGGGGUCUGAGGGUCCUUAAAGACCGGAGCAGCGCCGGAGCCGCCAUGCCCUUCACACCAUAGACUCAGAUGAUGUCAUCACACGAGACGAGCAGAUCUACGUUCUGAUUGGUGCUCAUGCCAGGUGUGAAAGGAGCAUCCAGGCACAAAUGGCCCUCAUUACAGAAGGUGACUGUGUCCCAGAGUGGGACGGGAUCAUCUGCUGGCCGCGGAGCAAAGCCGGUCAGCUGGUAUCAAUUCAGUGUCCAGAGUACAUCUACGACUUCAACCACAGAGGACGAGCCUACCGCCAGUGUGAUGCUUCAGGGAACUGGGAGCUGGUUCCCAGCAUCAACCGCACCUGGGCAAACUACACCGAGUGCACCAGAUAUCUGAGCUCCAACCACAGAAGCCACGAGGAGAAAGUGUUUGAGCGACUCCACCUCAUGUACACUAUCGGCUACUCCAUUUCUCUCGCAUCUCUGCUGGUGGCUGUCUCCAUCCUCUGCUAUUUAAAACGGCUCCACUGCACUCGCAACUACAUCCACGUUCACCUCUUCACCUCCUUCAUAUGUCGAGCGGUCAGCAUUUUUGUGAAGGAUGCCGUGCUCUACUCCAUAUCUGAUGACAGAACUGAGUUCACAGCAGAGAAGCCCCAUAUGGCUGGUUGCAAAGUGGCGGUUACUCUGUUCCUGUACUUCCUGGCAACUAAUCACUACUGGAUCCUGGUGGAGGGUUUGUACCUCCACAGCCUCAUCUUCAUGGCCUUCCUGUCUGAUAAGAACUAUUUGUGGGCCCUGACCAUCAUCGGCUGGGGAGUUCCAGCGGUGUUUGUGUCCAUCUGGGUCAGCGCACGAGCUUCACUAGCAGACACUCAAUGUUGGGACAUCAGUGCUGGAAAUCUGAAGUGGAUUUAUCAAGUUCCCAUCCUGGCAGCCAUUGUUGUAAAUUUCCUCCUUUUCAUUAACAUAAUUCGUGUUCUGGCCUCUAAACUGUGGGAAACCAACACUGGGAAACUGGACCCCCGGCAGCAGUACAGGAAGCUGCUCAAGUCCACGUUAGUCCUCAUGCCUUUGUUUGGAGUCCACUACAUGGUGUUCAUGGCUCUUCCCUACACUGAGGUCUCUGGGCUGCUGUGGCAGGUGCAGAUGCAUUAUGAGAUGUUCUUCAACUCUUCACAGGGUUUUUUUGUGGCAUUUAUCUACUGUUUCUGCAAUGGGGAGGUGCAGGCGGAGGUAAAGAAGGCUUGGUUAAGACGCAACCUGGUGCAGGACCUGAAGCAGAAAGCCAGGAUGACCAGCAGCGGCGGUGGAGGCAGCUGUUACUACGGCGGCAUGAUGUCCCACACCACCACCCACAGUGUCAGUUUAUCCGCCGCCCGUCCCAGAGCUCUGUCCUUCACCAGGGGAGCGGUGGGCUCAGCUGGAGCUGCUGCUAUGGGGUCAGGGGUCAGAGCGCCGCGCCACGCUUUCCCAGCCUCCCCCCACCAGUACAGCGGCCUGCGUGGACCCGCUGCCGGUGACACCGACACCCCAGGACAGGAACUGGCUCUGUGGAAAGCAGGGGGGGCUGAGUCUGGGGUUUUUGCCAGACAUGCCAGAGCCGCCAGAGGAAACGAUGCGUGUAAAAGUCAUGCAGGAGAAGACCCAGACAACUCCUUAUCUGUGAAAGAGCUGGAGACCAUCUUGUGACGGAUUGUUGCUGUUAAGAAGGAUCAUGUUGCAUAAGCGAGAUCUGGAGAGUGUCUGCUGAGAGGAGCUUGUGGUGAGACGCUUUGUGGUGAAAUGUUUUGUCAACACUGAACACCUUUACUCAUUAGAGCACACAGAAGCACACUCAUGACUGUAUGCUUAGAAGAGCUGUGACCAUUACUCAGUUAGUUUUCAACUGUUAAAUUAAUCUUCUAUUAUUUUGAUUAGUUGGUUUGCAGGGUAAAAGAGUCCAAAUUCUCUGAUUGCAUCUUCUUACAUGUUGUGUUUUCUGUCCUCUAUGACAGUAAACAGAAUGUCUUUGGGUUGUGGACAAAACAAGACAUUUGAGGAGGUCAUCUCAACCCUUGUGUCGUCCUGCGGGUCAAAAUUGGCCGCUUUAAAGUUUGAAAAUGUGAAGAAAAAAAAUUUCACAGGGAAACUUCUGAUGUUCACAUUUUCAACAUUUUUUUUUAAUUUUUGACCAUUUUUUUGGUGGAAAUUCACAAAAAAAUCAACCAAAAUGCAAACUUUGCUGGAUUUUGGUUGAUUUUUUUAUGAAUGUUCUUAAAGAAAAUAUUAGAAGUUUUACUGAUAUAUAUGUAAUCACUUUAGAUAUUUUGGGGAUUUUUUUUGGGAAGAUUUUUACUCAUUUUUUGAAAAUAUUUAUUAGAAUUUUCUUGCCAAAUUUCGGGGAUUUUUUAAAAAAAUGAAACUUUUAAGAGAAACUUUUAAGAAAUUAUGGGAAUUUUCUUCCUGAAGGUUUUGCAGAUUUUCAGAAAUUUGGGGAAUUUUUUUGCUGAAUUUCUGGAUUUUUUUCAGAUCAGGAAACAAUAUUUUUUGAUGCCCGUAAACAAGGACAACAGGGUUAAGCUUUGGGGAACACUCCUUAACAUUUCUCACCAUUAUCUGACAUUUUAUUGAUCAAACUAAUCGAUCAGUCGACAAACUCUCUACAGCUGUUAGUAGCCGCUGUACAGUUUAGUCAUACAUAACUCAUGGACUUUGUUUAACUCUCAAGUUGUGGAAGCAAUUUUCAUGUGAGUUUCUUGUGGAUGUCAUUCUAAUGUGCUUUAGUUUAAUUUUUAGUUGCUGUGAAAGAAAUGUAAAUAGAUCAUUCCCUAAAUAUUCUGUGAAGAGAAUCCGGUGAAGUCAGAGGACAGACCUGGAUGUGUAAAUAGUGUUUUUCUUGUCCUUCCUGUGUUGAAUUUUCCGGGCUCCACCGGCUGGCUGACCUCUGUAUUUCAAAGAGCACUUCCUACAACGCCCUGUUUCCACUUAUUUGUUUUAUAUUUAUAACAGACAAAAUGUUCGAUACUUUCACAAUCCUCAUGUCGUAGUUUGAUCAUGUUAAAGAGUCCGUAGUAUCUAGACGUGCCGUCUAGAUGAAUCUGCACAUUAGUUGUUGCUGUGUUGCUGUGUUGUCUACUCGCUCCUAUUUAUCACUCUGACAGCACCCUGAGGGCGAGACGCACAAACCUUUUGCCCCUUGCAGGCCAAACCCAGCUCCUUCCUCCGUGUAACCUCUGCCCUGAAUGCCAUCACGACAGCGUCCAGAAUUUCACACCCUCCCCUCAGGCGUCGGCUCGGAGAUGGAGGCACCUGAGCUGUUUGUAGACCUCGAGGCUGAGCGACAAACCGGCAGCACAAGACGCCAGUAUUCACACGAUAGACACACAGAGAAACUGUACCUGUAAAUAUUUUAGGAUUAUUUAGGAGCCCAGAAAAAAAAAGGCGCUUGGUCUGUGUUUCUAUGAAAUGUACAGUGUAAAAAUAAUGAUGGUAAUUUAAUGAAUGUUUUGUCUUCAUGUGUCAAAUAAACUCAACUUCAAACUGAA